UAAGCGCAUGCGCAGUGAGGAGGAACGGGCUGCCAGGCUCGGAGUCUGGCGGUGGCGCGCGGGGCAAAGUGCGGUGAAGCUUCGCGAAUUUUCUCCGUCGGUCGUCUCGUCGAAAACCCCUCCUUCGGAGAAUUUAGUUGCGUUUUUUCGGCAAACUGUUACUUUUCAUGAGGGAAAAGUAGGACGGAGCAGGCGAUUUAUUGAUUCAAGUCAGUGCGUUGGAGGGGCAGCGUCGCUUGUCCCGGUCCCGGUCUCGGUCUCCUCUGUCCCCGGCCCCGGGCACCAUGCCUCCGACCGGUUCCACCGUCACUCACGAGGAGCUCAAGCUCCGCAUCCAGCGUCUCAUCGAUUCACAUAAUGUGCUGGUGUUCAGUAAAACUUUUUGCCCGUACUGCAAGAAGGUUAAAGAACUGUUCAGAUCCCUGGAUGUUGAUGUUCAUGUUGUGGAACUUGAUUUACUAGAAGAGGGAAGUAGAAUGCAGGAUGUCUUACUUGAAAUGACUGGUCAGAAGACUGUUCCCAGUGUAUUUGUCAACAAGGCUCAUGUGGGUGGCUGUGACAAAACUGUGCAGGCUCAUGAAGAUGGUUUGUUGAAGAAACUUUUGGAAGGAGGUGAAAUGUAUGACUUUGACCUUAUAGUUAUCGGUGGUGGCUCUGGAGGACUUGCGGCUUCAAAGGAAGCUGCAAGCUUUGGAAGAAAAGUCUUGGUGCUUGACUAUGUUGUGCCGACACCUAUGGGAACUUCAUGGGGUCUUGGAGGUACCUGUGUAAAUGUAGGUUGCAUUCCAAAGAAGCUGAUGCAUCAGGCUGCUCUCCUCGGCCAAGGCCUCAUGGAUUCCCGUAAAUUUGGCUGGGAAUUUGAUGAGAAAGUUCAUCACAACUGGGGUAAGAUGAAAGAAGCCAUUCAGAACUACAUUGGCUCUCUCAACUGGGGCUACAGGGUGGCAUUACGAGACAAGAAAGUAACUUACAAUAACAGCUAUGCAGAGUUUGUGGAACCGCAUAAAAUAAAGGUACAGGCCACGGUAAUUGGUUUCCUUGCUGCUGUUGCUGCAGUUGUUCUGGGAUCAUUCUCCAGGGGUAACAUCGAUCUCAAUCAAACAGCCGUACUGUGUGCAAGUAGCACCAUCACAGCUUUCAUCGCAGCACUCGCCUUAGUUUACUUUCGAUGUAUUAUUAGAAAUGGGAAAAUCUUGGUGGAUAAUGAAGAAAGGAGCAACAUACCAUACAUCUAUGGUAUAGGAGAUGUCAUUGAUGGCAAGCCGGAACUCACACCCGUUGCUAUUCAGGCUGGGAAGUUGCUAGCACGCAGACUCUACGCAGGUUCUACUAUGAAGUGUGACUAUGUCAAUGUAUGCACGACAGUCUUUACACCUUUGGAGUAUGGAUGUUGUGGAUUGUCUGAAGAAAAUGCAAUAGCGCUUUAUGGAGAAGAACAUGUAGAGGUGUAUCACAGCAUGUUCUGGCCAUUGGAAUGGGCAGUACCAGGAAGGGAUAAGAAUGGCUGCUAUGGCAAGGUGAUCUGUGCGAAGCUGGAUCAUUAUAGAGUGGUGGGAUUUCAUGUGCUUGGUCCGAAUGCUGGGGAAAUCACUCAAGGAUUUGGCGCAGCAAUGAAAUGUGGCAUGACCAAAGAUCAGCUGAACAGUGUCAUUGGCAUACAUCCAACCUGUGCGGAAGUGUUCACCUCCAUGGAAAUAACAAAACGCUCCGGUCUGGACAUUUCCAAAAAAGGAGGUUGCUGAGGUUAAACCCUGCUGUUGGAAUGCUGCUGCCCUCUAUAUGCACUUUUUAGCUUUGUGGUUGACUAAACGUGCAAAGUUUUAGUCUUUCUCCACUCAGGUAAAACAACCGUAAACCACAGCAUGAAUAUAUUUUUUUAAAAACAACAAAGCUGCCUUGAAGCAACACGGAAUUGCGCAAUGCUUUGAGUUUCACUCAGUGCCUGUUGCAGCGGAGAAUCAGUGUGCAUGGGGCAUGCAGAUCAACAGCGGGGGUAAACCUCAACUUCAAACUUUGACCCAAACGUGCUUGGAAGGGCAUUAAGAAAAUUAGUGCCUCCUUGAAGUUUUGACCCAGAACCUGAUUUGAGGAGGGCCAUGACUGAUGACUAACGAGCAAGGUCUGGAACUUUGUCCAAUAAGACGACUGCGCUUCCUUUUAUUGGUGAGGCUUUAGUCUUGUGGAAUAAUUUGAAGUCUCAUCUUGUAAUAUUUGCUGUACCUUGUUUCUUUUAUGUAUGUUGGGCUGCUGAUGGAAGUGAGAUGAAUCUUUUUUUUCUCUGUAUAUUGUAGGUAAAGUAGCAUCAUUGUACUCAAUGUUUGUAAGGUUUUAAAAAAAUCAAGAACUUUUCUGUAAAGGAGCAUGUCACAUUUGAUUCGUAUUUAAAUUCUGUACAAUAUCAAUCGUAAGCCUUUUUCACCCAAAAAAACCGCACCGAUUAUGUUUCAGGAAGCAUGGGCCUAGAUCUUUUUCUGUUUGAUGGAGGAACUGCCUAUGUGUAACUGUCUGUCUGCACUUCGCUGUCCUCUCCCCUUAUUUUCUAAACUUUAUUCUAUUAACUGAGUAAGCAACCACUACUGACCAAACUUGAUACGGUGGGGCUGUUCUGUUUUUACAAAAGAAAAUGAGUGAAAAUUGGUGGACCUGUAAGCUUUUUUUUUUCCCCGCACAUUAACUUGUAAUCAAAAUAUAUGUUGCUACAUUGGGAUUGGGAAUUUGGGAAAAUGUAAUAAUUUUAAACUUGUCCUGUACGCCUCUGGCCAUCUGAAUGAGAGCUGGACUGUCAGUCCAAAGAUAUUGAAAGUACUAUUUUUAAAAGGAAUUCUAGCGGGUAGAAAGUUUAGAGCAUCACAUAUUUCUGUACUUUUAUGUACCUGCUUAAGUUAAAUUGAAAUGGCAUGUUUUUAUACAGCAUCACUUCCCUGUUGUUUUAUUCCUCUGGUUCUUCUUUUUUUUUUUUUUUUUAAAAAAAAUUUUGGAGCACUUAAGUUCAAUUUGGAUACACGUACUGUCACAAUUUGUGCUUUUAUGUUGUUUAUUUGGAAGUAACCAUGCAGUGCUUAUUGUUUAAAUGGGAUUAUUUUGCAUCUGUUUUAUAACUGUUUAUCAUUGCCCAUCUGACUGGAACUUGUGGUCACAUUUGAUUGUAUUCAGCCAGCCUCUGAGCAGCACUAACUUGAACAAUUCCAUUGUGAACAAAGUUUGUUAUCCAAAAUGCAUUUAAUAAUAAAGAAAAUCUGUAGAACUCAAAA